AUGGCCAAUCGGUUAAUCCACGAUGAUGAUCGAAUAUCCCUUGCUGUUAGUUUAUUAGGUGGUACGGCUUUACAGUGGUUUGUUAACUUGAAAUUGAAAAAUCAACGACCUUCAUCAUGGAAUGAAUUUAAAGAACAAUUACGAUCUCAAUUUCAACCAGUCGAUUUUCAAGAACAUCUUCGACAAAAAUUAUUACAAUUAAAACAAAAACAUAUACUACAAGAUUAUAUUCAGGCAUUCCGCAACAUCGUUGGUCAAAUCCAUAACAUGGACGAAUUAACUCAAGUUAUAUUUUUUGUAAAUAGUCUAUCGUCCAAUACUGGUUUAUAUGUACGAUCGAAACAUCCACAAACAGUCGAAGAAGCUAUUCGUGAAGCAACAACUUAUGACAAUGUCAUGGCAAUUGGUAAGGCCAAUAAUUUUACAUAUAAUCCGUUUCUUGAAACAUCCUCUACUGUCGAAUUAAAUUCUAUUAAAACUCAUCAACAACGUUAUUCAACACCAUUCAACUCAGUAACAACGAAAGCCGAUUGUCUUAAAUUUGGUUUAUGUUUUUAUUGUAAGGAACCAGGUCAUCGUGCAUUAAAAUGUCCGGAACGACCGCAGCAACAGCAGUCACCAGCAUCAUCUUAUCAAAAAAACGAGCAACGGUAG